AUGUCGAGCGAAGAACUUCGUAACAAGCAAGGUAUUGAGAACUACACCAAGUUCUGGGACAAGAACGCUGCUAAGGACGUGGAGACGGAGCAGUCGAAGCGUAAGGACCAGUACACGGAUGUGGUCAACGCCUACUACGACGGUGCCACGGAGCUGUACGAGUACGGCUGGGGUCGCAACUUCCACUUUGCUCGCUACUACCCUGGUGAGGCGUUCUACCAGGCUAUUGCUCGCCACGAGCACUACCUGGCGCUUAACAUGCACCUGCGUCCGGGUAUGCGUGUGCUCGACGUUGGCUGUGGUGUCGGUGGUCCUGCGCGUGAGAUCGCCCGCCUUGCGGGCGUGAACAUUGUCGGCGUGAACAACAAUGCUUUCCAAGUGGAGCGUGCUCGCAAGUACACCGAGUCGGCUGGUCUGCAAGACCAGGUGUCGUUUGUCAAGGGCGACUUUAUGAGGCUCAAGGAACAGUUUGGCGAGAACAGCUUCGAUGCUGUGUAUGCCAUUGAGGCUACGUGCCAUGCUCCUUCGUGGGAGGGUGUCUACGGUGAGAUUAUGAGUGUUCUCAAGCCGGGUGGCGUGUUUGGUCUGUACGAAUGGUGCAUGACCGAUGCAUGGGACCCGUCGAACCCGGAGCACCGCAAGAUUGCGCACGGUAUCGAGCUGGGUGACGGUAUCCCGGAGAUGCGCACGAUUAAGCAGGCGCGUGAUGCGUUGAAGAAGGUCGGCUUCCAGAUCGAAAGGGAUGUGGACUUGGCUGACCAGGGUGACAAGAUCCCGUGGUACUACCCGCUGGAGGGCGACAUUCGCAAGGUGCAGACCCUUUGGGAUUUGUUCAUGUGCUGGCGUAUGACAUGGUUCGGCAAGCUCGUUACGCAGACGACGGUGCGUAGUCUUGAGUACGUCGGUCUCGCGCCGAAAGGCACGUACGAUGUGGGUGAGUCGCUGAAGGUGGCGGCCGAUGCGCUUGUGGCUGGUGGCAAGACCAAGCUGUUCACGCCGAUGAUGCUCUUUGUUGCGCGUAAGUCUUCGGCCUAA